GCGACUCUUCGCUGACCGGGACUACAAUUCCUUCUCUCCCAAUCCAUCCCAACCCUUUAAUUCCCUCCACCCCCUCUUGACCGACUGAAUUGACACCCCGGGGAUCCACUCUAUUUUCUUUUUUUCCCGUCCUUAAAACCACCCGCAUUCCCUAUUAGACCCCUCCCCGCAUUCACUACCGACAUCAUGGAACAUAUCAAGAAGACGUUUGCCAAGGCUAAAGAGGAGAAGCGCGCCGCUCUCGUGGCGUACAUCACUGCAGGAUACCCGACCAUAGAUGAGACUGUGGAUAUCCUUCUUGGUUUGGAGAAUGGAGGCGCCGACAUUAUUGAAAUGGGUGUACCAUUCACUGACCCCAUUGCGGAUGGUCCCACCAUCCAGACCGCUAACACUAAAGCAUUGGAGAACGGCGUCACAGUUACAACGGUGCUUGAGAUGGUCCGGGAGGCCCGCCGCAGAGGCCUCCAAGCACCCAUCCUUUUGAUGGGUUAUUAUAACCCGAUGAUGCGGUAUGGUGAGGAGCGUAUGCUCAAGGACUGUAAGGAGGCGGGUGUCAAUGGUUUCAUCAUGGUCGAUUUGCCCCCGGAGGAGGCUGUUCGUUUCAGAGAGCAUUGCACGAGCAAUGGUCUGUCUUAUGUUCCCCUUAUUGCGCCUGCGACUUCGGAGUCCCGUAUGAAGCUCCUAUGCAAGAUCGCCGACUCUUUCAUUUAUGUCGUCUCAAGAAUGGGUGUUACCGGUGCCACCGGAAAGCUCAGCGCCAACCUGCCUGAGCUUUUGUCUCGUGUUCACAACUGGUCCGGAAAUGUGCCUGCCGCACUAGGAUUCGGUGUUAGCACACGUGAACAUUUCCUGACCGUGCAGGAUAUUGCCGAGGGUUGUGUUAUUGGUAGCCAGAUCAUCACAGUCUUGGGUCAAGCGCCUGCUGGUCAGGCCGCCAAGCAUGCCGAGGAGUACCUCUCCAGUGUUACCGGUCGUAAACUCGAGAGAGACGCUCAAGGUGCGGUUAUACGUCAGGUCAAUGUAUUAGAGUUUGUGGAAAAGAACCAGGAACCCGCCAUUUCACAACCCACGGCAGUUGUUACGGAUGUUGAUGCCCCUUCGGGCCCUGGAUUGGCUGAUCAGCUUGAUGCUCUGAAUGGUACUGGAAACCCUGCUGCGCAACCGCAGCGUUUUGGUGAGUUCGGUGGACAGUAUGUUCCCGAAUCCCUCAUGGACUGCUUGGCCGAGUUGGAACGAGGAUUUUCGGAAGCUUUGAACGAUCCUAAGUUCUGGGAGGAGUACCGUUCCUACUACCCAUACAUGGGUAGACCUAGCAGUCUCCACCUUGCGAACCGCCUCACGGAGCAUGUUGGAGGCGCAAACAUCUGGUUGAAGCGCGAAGAUCUCAACCACACCGGAAGUCACAAGAUCAACAACGCAUUAGGCCAGAUUCUCCUCGCCCGGAGACUGGGUAAGAAGAGAAUUAUCGCUGAAACAGGCGCUGGUCAGCACGGUGUCGCUACUGCGACCGUCUGUGCUAAGUUCGGCAUGGAGUGUGUGGUUUACAUGGGUGCAGAAGAUGUUCGUCGUCAAGCCUUGAAUGUUUUCCGUAUGAAGCUCCUUGGUGCCUCUGUGGUGGCUGUUGAUGCUGGAAGUCGGACUUUGCGUGAUGCCGUGAACGAGGCCCUUCGUGCCUGGGUUGUUGACUUGGAUACCACCCACUACAUUAUCGGCUCUGCCAUUGGACCUCACCCCUACCCUCUCAUUGUACGCACUUUCCAGUCCGUCAUUGGUGACGAGACUAAGCAACAAAUGAUGGAGCAAAUCGGAAAGCUGCCCGAUGCAGUUGUCGCUUGUGUUGGUGGUGGCAGCAACGCCGUCGGCAUGUUCUACCCCUUCUCUAAGGACACCAGCGUCAAACUCCUCGGUGUUGAAGCUGGUGGCGACGGUGUCGAGACUGAAAGACACUCCGCCACUCUGUCCGGUGGCAGCAAGGGUGUGUUGCACGGAGUUCGUACUUACGUUCUGCAAAACGAGCACGGUCAAAUUUCCGAGACUCACUCCAUCUCCGCCGGUCUCGACUACCCGGGCGUCGGCCCCGAACUCAGUAACUGGAAGGAUAGCGACCGUGCCCAGUUCAUCGCCGCGACCGACGCUCAAGCCCUCGCCGGUUUCCGCGCUCUCUCCCAAUUCGAAGGUAUUAUCCCCGCCCUGGAAUCCUCGCACGCCAUUCACGGCGCCAUUGAACUGGCCAAGACCAUGAAGAAGGGCGAGAACAUCGUCCUCAACCUCAGCGGUAGAGGUGACAAGGAUGUCCAGAGUGUUGCCGAUGAGCUUCCCCGUCUCGGCCCUAAGAUCGGCUGGGAUCUGCGCUUUUAAACGCAUAACAAGCGAAAAAUUUAAAACACAUAUCUACUCUUAGACAUUUCGGCUUCGCAUGACAAGCCCUACGGUUGACUGGCUCGAUAGACGUUCGUCGAUGAGUGAUAAAAUAAGAGAAAAAGUUAAAAGUUUCAUUCUGCGUUUGUUUUAUGACGUCUAUCGUAAUUCGUUGUAUUAAGGUCUGGUUUGGAUAUCCAUCGUUGGCAGGUGUUUAGAUUCUUUUCUUUCUUAUUCCUAUCGCUUCUUCUCGCCCUAAUAGAUCGGUAGUAGUAGUAGUAGUAGUAGUUGUUAAUUUCUUACCUACUAUUAAGCCAUGGCUGCAGCGUUCCUGAUUCC